AUGUUCAAGGCAAGGAGGAGCCUGUUAGAUGGGACAGAAGAACGAUAUGGAUUAAUGUCUUCUGGCAUGAGAGGCAUGUCCUCUACGCGACGUAAAAUACGGCAUUGGCAAAAGCUUUUCAGGCUCCAGCUAGGACGUCAUAUGUUUUUUGCCUUGAUGGUUUUGGUUUGUUUGUGUAUGCUUGCCAAGUUUGUCUUGUUCAUGAAUAUGUCUUCUGAUCCGUUGGCCUUGGACACUAUUCAUGCAAACGUGACUCUCAAAAUAUGGAAGCAUCCCGAUAGCAGCAACUACCACAAAUGCAUGGGUCGAGCUAAUAGUGAUAAACGGAAGGGAAAUUUCACAAAUGGUUACCUAAUAAUCCAAGCCAAUGGCGGCUUAAAUCAAAUGAAAACUGGAAUAAGUGACAUGGUCGCUAUUGCGAAAAUUAUGAAAGCCACAUUGGUUUUACCUACAUUAGAUCAUAAUUCCUUCUGGGCGGAUUCUAGUGAUUUUAAACAAAUUUUUAAUUGGAAGAAGUUCGUGGAGGUUUUAAAUGACGAUGUUCAAAUAGUGGAGUCUCUACCACCAGAAUUUGCAACAAUUAAGCCAAUUAUGAAGGCUCCAGUUUCUUGGUCAAAGGCUGGUUAUUAUGCAGGGGAGAUGCUGCAAUUGUUGAAGAAACACAAAGUGCUGAAAUUUACCCACACUGAUUCUCGCUUAGUCAAUAAUGGUCUAGCCACUCCAAUCCAAAGAAUACGUUGUCGAGCCAUGUAUGAAGGACUUAAGUUCAUAGCUCCAAUUGAAGAGCUUGGAAUGAAGUUAGUAAACAGAAUUAGAAACAAUGACAGUCCUUACAUUGCCCUUCACUUAAGAUAUGAAAAGGACAUGCUUGCUUUUACAGGUUGUAACCACAACUUGACAAGAGAAGAAGCUGUUGAACUUAAAAAGAUGAGAUAUCAAGUGAAACAUUGGAAGGUGAAGGAAAUUGAUAGUAAAUCAAAGCGCUUGCGGGGUAGUUGCCCCUUGACUCCAAGAGAGGUUGCAGUGUUCCUUGAAGCACUUGGUUAUCCUUUUGACACAAAAAUUUAUAUAGCUGCAGGUAGGAUUUAUGGGAAAGACGAAAUGAAACCCCUGCAAAGCAAGUAUCGUAAUUUGCUCUCACACUCUACCUUGGCCACAAAAGAAGAGCUUAAACCAUUUGUGGGUCACCAAAAUCAGCUUGCUGCUCUGGAUUACAUCAUAGCAUUAGAAAGUGAUGUUUUUGUUUAUAGUUAUGACGGACACAUGGCCAAGGCAGCUCGUGGUCAUCGCGCAUUUGAAGGAUUUCGAAAAACUAUAAGCCCAGACAAGCAAAGGUUUGUAAGAUUGAUUGAUCAAUUGGACAAUGGUUUGAUUUCGUGGGAUGAAUUUUCAUCCAAGGUGAAGAGCAUUCAUGCAAACAAAAUUGGAGGUCCUCAUCAUAGAAAAGUUCAUCGACACCCCAAAUGGGAAGAAGGCUUCUAUGCAAACCCUUAUCCGGGUUGUAUCUGUGAACACCGUCAGACAACGAUGAUAUAA